AUGAUGAUUACAUCGGUGGGAUGUCGGUUCUCGAUUGUCGGUGAAGAAACGGACGAUCGGACAGCUGCUCUGCUUCGGCUGCCAACCCCCGAAGCAUGCAGUUUCAAUACAGGGCGGACCCAAGUCCGAAACUGCGCCACAUCCACAGAGUGCAACACACCUUGGCAAUUUUUGUACUUGCGUACUAUGAGCCGUUUAUAUUUGGCAUUCGGAACAAAUAGCUAUCGAACCCAUACAGCACGUGUUGUCCUUAAUGGAGCCAAUACGCUCGCAAGGGAAAUUGCAGCGCUAUUCGAUAGGCCACGUAUGGCAGUAAAUAGCCCAUUGACCUAUGAGGACAAUGCCAUUCAUUUGAUUGGUCGCUAG